AUGUCUAAUGAUCCAUUCAAUAAUAACUUAAGUGAUGAAGAGGAAGACGAUUUAUUUGGAGACAAUAAUCACAUUAAUAAUGACAUCAAUGAUAUUAAUCAAUAUUCAUAUAAUCCCAAUGAUAUACAAAACCCUUUCAAUUCAUCAUUAACAAAUAUAACUAAUUUAGAAUAUAAUAGAAAUCCAACAUUUGGUAUAUUAGGUUCUAAUAAUUUAAAUCAUAAUUAUUCAAUAUCAACUACAAAUUCAAAUUCAAAAUCUAAAACAUCAUCAUCAAAUACUUUAACAAAAGAUAUUUAUGAAGAAGAAAGUGAUGAUGAUGAUUAUGACGAUGAUUUUUACAAAGAAUACGAUAAUGAAUAUGAUUAUCCUAAAAGACAAAAAACAGUUAGUUUUGGAGAUGAUAAAUUAAAAUAUCCACCAGUUAUAUAUAAUUCAAAUAUAAAAAAUAAUUCAAAUUUUUAUGAUUUUAAUUAUCCCCAUAAUCAACCAAUUAAUGAGAAUUUAUUAUCAUAUAAUACAUCUACAACCAACAAUAAUUUUUCAGGUGAUGAUUAUUUAAUAAAUCCAUUAGAAGAUGCGGAAUAUGAAGAUGAUGAUCAAUUUAAUGAAAUUUAUGGAUAUGGAGAUGAAGAUAGUUUAUUUUCAUUAGGAGAUAUUGAUCCAAAUGAUGAUCCUAUAUUAUUUAGAAAAGCAACAAUGUUAACUCAAAAAAAAUCAAUAAAAUUUAACAACAGAUCAGGAAAUACUAUAAAAAAGACUAAAAGUAGAGGAUCAACAAUCACAUUUGAUGAUGAUUCAAAUACUUUAAAAAAUUUAAAAUAUACUAAAACUAUAAAACGUGCAAAAUUAAUUAAUGGGAAUUAUAUAAUUGAUGCACCAAUACCUCAAGCAUUAUUAGACAAUUAUGGAUCUAAAAAUUUAGAAACAACUCAAAAUAAAAAUAGAGAAAUGACAUUUAUGAGAUAUACUGCAGCAACUUGUGGACCAUCAAAUUAUAUAAAAUUUAAUUAUAAUUUAAGACAAGAAUUAUAUAAGCCUAUAAGAACAACUGAAAUUAUGGUUUGUAUAACAAUGUAUAAUGAAGAUGAAAUUUUAUUAGCUAAAACCCUUAAGGGAGUUUUUGAAAAUGUUUCAGAUUUACAAAAUAGAUCAGAUUUAACAUGGGGUGAAGAUUCUUGGAAAAAAAUUGUAAUAUGUAUAGUAAGUGAUGGUAGAUUACAUUUAAAUAAAAGAACUCAAAUAUUAUUAUCAGCAUUAGGUUUAUUUCAAGAUGGUUACGCAAAAUCCAAAAUUAAUGAUAAAUCAGUAAAAGCUCAUAUUUAUGAAUAUACAUCAACUGUUGGAAUAGAUAGAAUUAAUGAUCAUGUACAUUUAAAACCAAAUUCAUCACCUAUACAAUUUAUUUUUUGUUUAAAAGAACAAAAUGCAAGAAAAAUAAAUUCACAUCGUUGGUGUUUUCAAGCUUUUGCUCCCAUAUUAAAACCAAAAAUUAUUAUGCUUUUAGAUGUUGGUACAAAACCUUCAAAAGAUGCUUUUUAUUAUCUUUGGAGAUCUUUUAAAGACCCGAAUGUAGCUGGAGCAUGUGGAGAAAUGAAAGCAAGUUUAGGUCAAGGUAAAAAAUUAUUAAUUAAUCCUUUGGUUGCAGCACAAAAUUUUGAAUAUAAAAUUUCAAAUAUUUUAGAUAAACCAAUGGAAAGUGUAUUUGGAUUUAUAUCAGUAUUACCUGGAGCUUUUAGUGCUUAUCGAUAUGAAGCAUUAUUAAAUGUUAAUGGUAAAGGACCUUUAGAAAAAUAUUUUAAAGGUGAAUAUCUACAUAAAUUAUCAAACACCAAUGCAGAAGAAGAAGGAGAAGAAGAUGAUGAAAAAGAAAUUAAAGAAAGAAAUUCUCAAGAAGCUGGUAUAUUCACAUCAAAUAUGUAUUUAGCAGAAGAUAGAAUAUUAUGUUUUGAAUUAGUUGCUAAACAAAAUCAUAAAUAUAGAUUAAGAUAUGUUAAAGAAGCAAAAGCAGAAACAGAUGUACCUGAAUCAAUUGAUGAAUUUGUAUUACAAAGAAGAAGAUGGCUUAAUGGUUCAUUAUUUGCAGCAACUUAUGCAGUUUUCCAUUGGACAAAAAUAUGGAGAUCAAAUCAUUCUCUAUGGAGAAAAUUAUUUUUACAAAUUGAAUUUUAUUAUCAAUUAAUUACAAUUUUAGUUAGUUGGUUUUCAUUAGCAUCAUUUUUUUUGGUAUUUAGAAUUUUAACUGCAAAUUUAGGUGCAGUUGAUAUGAAUUUUGAAAUUGGGAAAUAUUUAGCUAUUAUAUUUUUAUGGUUUUAUGUUGGAUGCAUAGUAUGUACUUUUGUAUUAGCAUUUGGUAAUACUCCCAAGGGAACAAAAAAAUUUUAUUCAAUAAUAAGUUAUAUAUUUGCAAUAAUGAUGACUUAUAUGAUGUUUUCAGCUAUAUUUUUAGCAAUUCAUACUGCAAAUAGUAUAAUAAAUUCACACACACAAGAUUUUAAAAUUAUAAUGAUUUUAACAAAUACGAAAUUUAGAGAUUUAGUUGUUUCAAUGGUAUCUACAUAUAUUUUAUAUUUUAUCGGAUCAUUUUUAUAUGGAGAACCAAGUUUUAUGUUUACUUCAUUUAUACAAUAUGUUUUAUUAUCACCAACUUAUAUUAAUGUAUUAAAUAUUUAUUCAUUUUGUAAUAUUCAUGAUGUUUCAUGGGGUACAAAGGGAGUAGAAAAUGCUAAAAAUUUAGGUACUGCAAAAUCUUUAGGAAUUGAUAAAAAUAAUAUAAUAAUGAUUGCACCAGAAAUAAAUGAAAGUUAUAAUGAAGUAUAUUUAGAUCAAAUUCAAAGUUUAUUAACUACAACAUCCACCAACAACAUCCAACAACAACAAACAGAAUUAACAAAUUUACAAAAAUUAAAAGAUGAUUCAUAUUAUCCUUUCAUACGUACAAUAACAGUAUUAAUUUGGAUGUUAACUAAUGCAAUAUUAAUAGCAAUUGUAUUAGAAUCAGGUGGAGUUGAUAUUUUAACAAAACAUACUUCGAUAAAUCCAGAUGGUUCAAUAAAUGGGAACUCUGAAAUUUUUUUAACUAUUAUAUUAUGGAUAGUUGCUGGUUUAGCAGUUUUUAGAUUUUUUGGUUGUAUUUUAUAUUUAAUAUCUAAUGGUAUUAGACCUUUAAAAUGGAAAAUUCAAAAUCAUAAAGUUAAAAAAAGAGUUAAUAAAAAUCAUGAAGUUUAG